GCGAAACAAAAAAACUCUUAAUUAAAACAGUAGUUACUUCAAAGCAAAGAGCUGAGAGCUUCAACUGCAAACAAUCGCUCAUAUGUUUAUCACGUGAUUUUUAGUUUUUACACUUGUUUUUGUACUUGUUUUCAUCAGCAGUUUUAACAAUCAGAAUUUCAAAUGGCCUGGAGAGAAGCUGCAACGCUGAUAGUAGCUGCUAGAUCGGCUAAUACAUCCCUUAAGUCUUCGAUUGGACCUGUGUUAAAGAAUACGUCUUCAGCAGUUGAUAAAAAAACCUAUGGUGAUGACCGUUCAACCAAGAUUCAUGCUGAUUAUGGCGUUCUCAUGGCAAAAAGAAGUAACCGAUCAUCAUUUAUGGCUUCAACCUAUGUGUUUCCAGGAGGUGUAGUUGAUCCUUCGGAUUACUCUUCUAAAUGGUGGUCAUUGUUUGAUAAAUUAGGAUACCAAAAGGAUAACCUAAUCAAGACCAUGAGUUCAAGAGUAUGUGCACCACGUCCGCCGAUGAUUACCCAUCCUAUUUCUAGUAAUCAUAAUGAUGGACUUAUUCCAGAUAUUGCGUUAAGAAUCACUGCUAUCAGAGAAGCUUUCGAAGAAACUGGUUUACUUAUCCUGGUUGACCCUCAAUCCAAACCUGAAGAGAGUCCCAAAAAAUUACUUGAUGAUAAUUUUAAUGAGGAAUUGCUGGACUGGAGGUCCAGAAUAAGGCAGAAUGGUGAAGCGUUCAUUGAAAUGUGUCACCGUUUUAAAAAGAUACCCAACAUUUGGUCUCUUUACGAGUGGUGGAACUGGGCAACUCCUAAACUAGAAGGUCCGAAACGAUUCGAUACCAUGUUUUACAUUCAUUUUGCAGAUUAUCAAUCUAAAGUUAUCCUUGAUAACACCGAGGUAACCAAUUUCAAAUGGGCUACUCCUAAAGAAAUUUUGCAAGAAUUUGCUGAGAAAAAGAUCAUUCUUGCUCCACCUCAGGUCUUCGAACUAGGUCGAAUCGCUAAUUUUGACAAUUUAACUGAUUUGCAAAAAUUUUCCGUAGAUCGUGAGAAACAAAGUGUUGAAAAGUGGCUUCCAGUCUUAAUAAAGCACCCUAAAGGUCGAGAGGUUUACUUGCCUGGUGAUAUCCUCUACCCUGAUGACCCUGAAACUGAUCUAGAAUUGAUAAAUGAUCAAAAUGAAAGUGAAUUAAUGAAUUCAGGGGUAACAAUUAAUCGCAUUAGAAGUCAUGAAAACUCUUUCACUUAUAUCUCUAAUUAUAAAACUUACGGACACUUGAAGCCGAUUUUUAUCACAUAAUAUUGUGAUAUUUGAUACAAAUUUGUUUGAUUAAUUUGGUAUACAUUGUAUAUUAACAAAAAGUUGAUGCUAGUCAACUGCAAUUAUUAAUAUAUUUUUAAUAAUGUUAAUGUAAUUUAAAAAUAUAAAAUGUAACGAAUUUUACAAUUUCCAAUUUUAUAAUACCGAUACAAUGAUUUCAUUGUUC